GGCGAGAAGAGGGCGAUCGCCUCGUUGUGGUGGCUGCCGCAUUACAAAGAGCUUGAGUGCUUCUGACAUACUACGACCGUUGCAGAGAGGACACGAUGUAGAUUCUCCUAACAAUCUACACGGUACAUAUUUGAGCUUGGUAUUCUAAGAAUGUGUCCUGGUAUUGUGUGUGUUGACCGCUUGCAUUGUGGGACAUUAGAGUUUGUUCUAAAACAAUCUUCAUUGAUUUGUUUGGUUCUCAAGCUCAAAAUCUCUCAUCUAAUGCAGCUUUUUAAAAUCCUAAAAGGCAUCGUCUUUGUCCUUUAGUCUUUCGAAUUCUUUCCAUCUGUCGUUAUGUACAUUUAUACUUAAUUCGGAUUGUCCUUGUCUCUUGCACAGGAUUAUGUUCUUAUAAAAGAAGCUUUCUCAUCUAAUUUUGUACAGCUGUGGACUGAAAGUAUUACACAACAGAUAUCGUAAGACGACACAUCUUUUAUUACAGAGAGCAUUUUAGCUGCAUGGAGAACAACAACAUAGAAAUGUGUUUUUUAUUGGCUGGAAAGCCGCUCCAAUCAGUGUAUGAAUAUGUGUGUGUCACCGUGACAAAUAUGAACACGAACGGCACCAAAAAACUCAAAAAGGUAUUUUUCAACAAUACAUUUUCUCCCACGAGUGUAUUCAGGUAAGCCCGAAACGUGUGAAGUGCAGGCAUUAUUCACCAUUAACUUGUGUGUGGUGAUGUUAACGACAUUUCAGAUGGGAAAUGCUUCAGACACAUCCGCCGUGUUUGCCUCCACCAUCUCCAAGGAACGCGACAUCCUCAUGGGUUCACUCUACAGCGUCUUUUGUAAGUCCACAACAAGAAAAGCUGCAGGUGCGCCGUGUCCCGCCCACGAUCAAUCUCUCUUUUGCUUUACAGGCGUCCUGUCCCUCGUGGGCAACUGCAUUCUGCUACUUGUUGCAUAUCACAAGCGGUCGACCUUGAAACCAGCGGAGUUCUUCAUCAUCAAUCUCUCCAUCAGCGACCUUGGCAUGACGCUCUCUUUAUUCCCACUGGCAAUUCCAUCAGCUUUUAAACACAGGUGGCUCUUUGGAGAACUCACCUGUCAGCUCUACGCCAUGUGUGGAGUACUGUUUGGUCUGUGCAGCCUGACCAACCUCACGGCCCUCUCCUUUGUGUGCUGCCUUAAAGUCUGCUUCCCCAACCACGGUAACCGGUUUUCCUCGUCGCACGCCCGCCUCCUGGUCGUCGCGGUGUGGGGUUACGCCUCAGUCUUUGCCGUCGGGCCCUUGGCGCGUUGGGGGCGUUACAGCCCCGAGCCUUACGGCACCGCCUGCUGCAUCGACUGGCACGCGCCCAACCACGAGCUCGCCGCUUUGUCUUACAUCGUCUGCCUUUUCGUUUUUUGCUACGCGCUGCCCUGCGCCACCAUCUUCCUGUCCUACACCUUCAUUCUGCUGACGGUGCGGGGGUCGCGGCAGGCCGUGCAGCAGCACGUGUCACCACAGACCAAAACCACCAACACGCACGCUCUCAUUGUCAAGCUGUCGGUGGCAGUAUGUAUAGGCUUCCUCGGUGCCUGGACUCCAUAUGCUGUCGUGGCCAUCUGGGCUGCUUUUGGGGACGCUACGCUGGUUCCUCCGGAUGCAUUUGCCCUUGCCGCCAUGUUUGCCAAGUCUUCCACCAUCUACAACCCCGUGGUCUAUCUGCUGUGUAAGCCCAACUUCCGCGCGUGUCUCUACAGAGACACUACUCUGUUGAGACAGAGGAUCUACAGGGGAAGUCCACGGUCAGAGCCGAAAGCACAUUUCGGAUCGACCUCGCAGCGCAACAAGGACAUGAGCGUCUCCGUGCGCUCAUCAAACGGACAGCAGGACAGCUACGGGGCGUGCACGGAGAACGCAGCGCCGUGUCACGUGAUGACGCCCCAGAGGACGGCCUGCAUCCUGACUGAAUCCACUAACAGAGAGGUGACAGUUAGCCGGCUCGCUGACAAACCACAGGCAGAUUUCCUCUAGUGGCGCAACCUCCUUCUUUCACUUAGUAAACCAGACAGGACCUCCACCGAACAACAAAGGGCCUGCACACGCCGAAAGGUUAUUACACACACAUACAUAAAUGUAUUACAUAUAUGUAUUAUAAUAAAACACAGGCUUGCGAGGACCUCCAAUGUCAUCGGUCAUGAAAGUCAUGUGUCAAGCCAUUAAACUGGAACCAACCUGGUGUGCUCAAUUCAUUGAGCACACCAGGUUGGUUAUAGUUUAAUUGAAAUGUGCAAUUUGACUGGAUUCUGCAGGCGCUGGAAACGAGACAUGAGAAGCUGCGCCAGCGUCGAGGUUAAUUAGGCAAGAGGGACAUUUCAGAAGCAGCUCAUCUUCUGUUGCGUACAACAGAAGAUGAGCUGCUUCAUGUCCGAAUAAAACAUGUUCAGUAUCUGGGCGGUGAAAACAAACACGAUUUGGGAGAUGUUGAUUUAUUGUGUGAAUAAAUGUAUGAUAGUGUUGUUAUCUGAGGAAGCACUAUCUACACAGGAUAGUGUGUGGAAUUAAAAUCAAGCUCUGUUUAGGUUUCAUCACUCAAAAGGACAACUGGAUGGUUUUUAACCCCCAAUGGACCUGAAUGUUUCUACAGACAUUUGUCCUCGUCAGCGGUGGAAUUCAUUUUGACGGAUUUGCAGGAUCAUUUUACUGAAGAGGCUCCGCUGUGCCGCUGCGGUCAUUCUACUGUGGAUUCACAGGCGAAACCGUUCUAACAAAAUAAAACUAGAGUUCAGUAUCGGCAUUGGAGGUCAUUUCACUGGAUGUUUUCAGGUCUGUUUUGGAACCAAGAGGAAUGAGAGGGUGUUGUUUUUUGUGUGCAGGUACCAAAUAAUUGUAAAUAGGUCACAGCUCAUUAGGUCCUUGCAUACGAAUUACUUUGGGGUAUUUGUCCAUUUUGUAAAAAGCAAGCACACCUGACGGAAAGAUGUGUUUUUCUUAAGAUCAUAACACAAACCGCAUCCGUUUUACUGGUAUUGUCAAUGUGGAUUCCUGUGUGUAUAUUAAGAAAAUAAACUGUAUUCGUCGACAGCGUUAGCUAAAACUAUUUAAAAUUUUGGUGCAGAUUUAGUUACUAAAGAAUUAAAAUAUCGAAUAAUUGUUGUGGUCUGAUUUUGGGGAGAAACUGAAAACAGAGUGUUUAUAAAAUCCUUUCAUUAAAUAUUUUUGGAUUAAG